AGUUGCACUCGCCAGCGAUAUGUCUUGCGCUUUUAUGUACAUAUAUUACCCCGACAAGUGAUCACUUAUAGUUCAAAAGAGCUAUUUUUUAUAAAAAAAAAUAACAGUUACUACUAUGGAGUAAGUCCAAUGCCAAAACUUGCAAAUAAACUACUUUUGUAAGUGCUCCGAAAUAGAGGUUGAGAGUCAAAACAUUCAAUAUAGAUAUGCGCAACCUAUCAAACAUAAGUGUUAGACGAAAAUUUAUUUAUAAGUUUAUCCGAUAGCAAAUGAUUGAACAUGAUGCCAUCAGUUGAGGCAGAAGCAAAUCAACAGCAGCAGCAGCAACAACUAUGUCGAUUGUGUGCCGAACCGAGGAACAGUCUCGUCGGUAUUUAUGAACCCGAGGGUCAGAAAUUAGAUAUAAAGACCAAGAUAACAAAAUGUUUGCACAUCCAGAUAUGUUCUAACGAUUGCCUCCCUCUGUUUGUUUGCUUUGAUUGUUGCAUACUGCUCAAUCAGUGCAAUGAAUUUUAUGAUAAAACGAACAGGGCACAAAGCUCUCUACAUCAUAUGUUGUUGGGUCUCAAGGUACCAAUGCAACAAGCUCUCUCAAGACAAAGUUUUUUUGCUUCUUCGACUACCGAUUUAGAAGCCACAUUGAAUUCUUCGGAUGACGUUCAUUCCUCUAAAGAAAAUCAUUACACAGGCCAGUCUGUUGAAAACUACUUUGAAGUAAAUGUUAAAAUUGAAAAAUCAACUCAAUUACGAGACAACCAUAUUUUUAUGAAAGAGGAGAGUCCAAAUGGUGUUGAAAAUGAAGAAAAACAGAAAAAAGCCGAAAGGGAAAAUAAUUUUUUGAAACUUGAUCAGCCUGAGUUACAAGAUUUUUUGUCAGAUGAAUCGGAAGAAGAAAGUAAUAAGAAAGUUAUUGAAGAAUGUAGUGAAAAAACUAUCAACAAUCAAAUAAAAGAUGCGGAAUCGAGGAAAGUAUUGGAACACCAGCUUGCUUCAGGUCUAGAUAUGAAGGAAGAGCAAAAAAUUAAUCACAAGAAAAAAGAUAAUCUAGAAAGGUAUCCUUGGCUUUGUACGGAUUGCAAUGAUAAACUUCCCAGCUUAGAAGCUCUUGAGGAACAUCAUGAAAUUAUACACAAUCAAAAAGCUAAAUACAUGUGUGUACAGUGUUGUAAAGUGUAUGAAAAAUAUUACGGCUUUUUAACUCACGUCAAGAGGCACAAAACAAAAACAAAAUACAGCUGUGAUGAUUGUGGAAAAACGUUUGUUCACAAAAAAGUCUUGGAUACACAUAAAUCUAUUCAUAGCGAAGAGAGACCUCACAUAUGUCAAACUUGUGGCAAAACUUUCAGGCAGCAAAGUGCAUUGUACAUCCACAGCAGGUGUCAUUUACCAGAAAAUAUGAAAAGUAGAUUUCCUUGUGAUCAGUGUGAUAAAAGAUUUUCUACAAAGCCAAAUUUAGUGACUCACAAACGCAUUCAUACCGGUGUCAGAAAUUUUACUUGCGACCAAUGUGGCAAGAGUUUUAUACAAAAAGGUAAUUUAGAGGCUCACUUUUUAACUCAUUCAGCUGAUAAGCCCUACACCUGCUCUCAAUGUCCUAAGGCUUUUAAGACACCUCUGCAGCUGAAGAAGCAUGAAAGUGUUCAUACAGGUGCCAAGCCUCAUCAGUGUAAUACAUGUGGCAGGACAUUCAGAGAAAAAGGCACACUGAGAGAACAUCACAGAAUCCACACAGGAGCAAUGCCAUUUUCUUGUGAAUUUUGUGGCAAGUGCUUUCGAUUCAAAGGCAUUUUAACGACUCAUCGACGUCAGCAUACGGGCGAGCGACCAUACAGCUGUCUUGAAUGCCAGCAUCAUUUUACUAAUUGGCCGAAUUACAAUAAACAUAUGAAACGCCGCCAUGGGAUUAACACUUCAAAUAGCAAACGCGUGCAGUCGAAUCAACAGCUAGGAGUUCAACAACAAUUACAGUCGAGUUUCCAACAGUUGCAUAAUAAUCAGUCACAGACAGCACAAACCACUCUGAUAGACCCUCAGAUCACUCCGACGACAGUACAGGUGAUCCAAUCAGUGCCGCAAGUGUCGGUGACAACACAGCCACUAGUUCUACAAACACUCGCGUCAACUGACACGGUCUCAGCCAUUCAGACAUUUACUGAGAGCGUCGAUAAUCCAGCUUCAAUAUCUGUGGCGCCCAUCGCUCACCAUCAUCACUUACAACCGGGUCCAGUUCAUGUGGGCGCUGGAAGCUUGAAUUUUCGCGAACGUCAGUACGGAGCUACCUCUACAGCUUCUUACUUCAAUAUGGGCAUGCCUCUUUCCACUUUCCUACCACCAAGCUCAUCUUACAAUUUUUACAACAUAGGUACCUAAUUGUUAAAACUGAUCUCAUCCAUUUCAGAUAGAUAGACAUUCCAUUAA